GUCCCCGCGGUGAUGCUGGGGCUGGAUGGGUUGCUGAGACCAGCCUCUUCCUCCCCGGCCGGCGGCCGGCCCCGCGCAGACAUGGACGAGCAGUUCCAGCCCUGCCUGGAUGGGAUUGACUACGAUGACUUCAAUUUCGGCUCCCACAUGAUGGAGCAGAAGGAGCCCCUGAUGGAGACAGUGGAAGGUCCCUACCUUCUCAUCAUCGAGCAGCCAAAGCAGCGGGGGUUCCGUUUUCGGUACGGCUGCGAGGGCCCUUCACAUGGGGGGCUUCCGGGGGCAUCCAGCGAGAAGGGACGCAAGACCUAUCCCACCGUCAAGAUCUGCAACUACACAGGUAUGGCCCGGAUCGAGGUGGACCUGGUGACACACAGCGACCCUCCCCGCGUGCAUGCCCACAGCCUGGUGGGCAAGCAGUGCAAUGAGGCUGGCAACUGCGUCGCGAUCGUGGGACCCAAGGACAUGACAGCUCAGUUCAGCAACCUGGGUGUGCUCCAUGUCACCAAGAAGAAUAUGAUGGAGAUCAUGAAGGAAAAGCUGAAGCAGCAGAAGAUGCGUAACAGGAGCCAUCUCCUGACAGAAGCGGAGCUGCGUGAGAUCGAGCUGGAGGCAAAGGAGCUGAAGAAGGUGAUGGACCUGAGCAUUGUGCGGUUGCGCUUCACUGCCUACCUCCGCGACAGCAGCGGGAACUUCACGCUGGCCCUCCAGCCUGUCAUCUCAGACCCCAUCCACGACAGCAAGUCCCCAGGAGCUUCCAACCUGAAGAUCUCACGGAUGGAUAAGACGGCAGGCUCUGUGCGGGGAGGGGAUGAAGUCUACUUGCUGUGUGAUAAAGUUCAGAAAGAUGACAUCGAGGUGCGUUUCUACGAGGAUGAUGAGAACGGCUGGCAGGCCUUCGGGGACUUCUCCCCCACUGACGUGCACAAGCAGUACGCCAUUGUCUUCCGCACACCCCCCUACCACAAGCCCAAGAUUGACCGUCCCGUCACCGUCUUCCUGCAGCUGAAGCGGAAGCGGGGGGGCGACGUGAGCGACUCCAAGCAGUUCACCUACUACCCCGUGGUGGAAGAUAAGGAAGAAGUGGAGAGGAAGCGCAAGAAAGUCCUGCCUCAAUUUCCCCAGCACUUUGGCGGGGGCUCGCACAUGGGGGGUGCCGGUGGGGGGGCCGGGGGCUUUGGCUCUGGAGGAGGCGGGAACCUCAGCUUCCCCUACUCCACCGGGCUGGCCUACAACAGCAUCUACUCGCCCGGCCCCCACCCUGUGGGGGGCUACCAGGGGGGUGUGCAGAUGAAGGGCCCCGAGGUGGAGGGGCCCGGGAGCGACAGGCAGGUGCCUGCGGAGAGCAUGUACUGCAAGGAGCUGCAGAAGCACGCCCAGCUCUGCCAGCUGUGGAUGCUGGCACUGGCCCGCCGCAAUGCCCAUGCCCUGCUCGACUACUCAGUCACCGCCGACCCCCGCAUGCUGCUGGCAGUCCAGAGGCACCUGGCCGCGUCACAGGAUGAGAACGGAGACACGCCUUUGCACCUCGCUAUUAUCCAUGAGCAGACAGCUGUAAUCAAGCAGCUGAUUGAGGUCAUUGUUAGCAUCCCCAGCCAGCAGAUCAUCAACAUCUCCAAUAACCUGCAGCAGACGCCGCUGCAUCUGGCAGUCAUCACCAAGCAGCCCCAAGUGGUCCAGCUCCUGCUGCAAGCCCGUGCUGACCCCACCUUGCUGGACCGCUAUGGCAAUUCCCUGCUGCACCUGGCACUCCAGGCUGGUGAUGAAGAGAUGCUGAGGACGCUGCUGGCCCACCUGGGCUCAGCUGCUCCUUACCUGCUCCGUCUGCCCAAUUUCCAUGGCCUCCUGCCUGUGCACUUGGCCAUAAAGGCAAAGAGUUUGGCCUGCCUGGACCUGCUGGUAAGGAAGGGAGCGGAUGUGAAUGCUGUGGAGAGGCAGGGCGGGAGGACCCCACUGCACCUGGCUGUGGAGAUGGAGAACCUGAACAUGGCCACCCACCUUGUGAAGAAGCUGGGAGCAGAUGUCAACAGCAGGACUUAUGCCGGGAACAGCCCCCUGCACCUGGCUGCUGGUCUGGGCUCCCCAACUCUCACCAAACUGCUCCUCAAAGCUGGGGCAGAUGUGCUGUGUGAGAACGAUGAGCCUGUGAGCCCAUCCUCGUCAGAGGCCAGCAGUGACACGGAUGCCGACCCUGAGGAGCAGGAGCUGGCUAUGGAGCUGGGGGAGCUGGCUCCAGCCAUGGAGCACAGCACCAACCGGGAGCCCCCUGUGCAGGAGCACGGGCAGGCAGGGCACAGGCAGCGCCACUGCCACACGCCCCUGGACCUGACUCGGAGCCAGAAGGUGCGGGAAAUCUUGCUGCAGGCCUCCCAGCAGGGCCCCGAGGCAGAGCUGCCCACUGCCCCCCGGCCAGGGAAGGUCCUGUCACUGGACAGUGAAGCACUGCAGGGGCUGGAGCAGCUGCUGAACCAGGACUGCAGUGGGUCGGAUUGGAUCGAACUAGCCAAGCGCCUGGGGCUCUGCAGCCUGGUGGAGACCUACAAGGACACCCCCUCACCCAGCAUCAGCCUCCUGCGCAGUUACGAGCUGGCAGGGGGAAGCCUGGGAGGGCUGCUGGAAGCGCUGGACUCCAUGGGGCUCCGCAAGGCCGUGAGGAUGCUCCACAAAACUGAGGCGCUGGAGAAGCUGCAAAGCACAGAGCUGAAGGAAGACAGUGCCUAUGGCAGUGAGUCAGUGGAGGAAGAGCAGGCGCCUGCGCUGGCCCUGAAGCCGGGGCCGGGGGGUGAGCUGCCCCACAGCCAGCAGCCACAGGUGCACUGA